CUCUUCUUAGCUCUAUCCUCUCUCUUAUCUCUUCGCUCUGUUAUGCUCCUCCGGCUUCCUGCCUUUCUGGUUCUCUGAGCCUCGUGCUCUCUCACUCUCUCGCUGAAUGAUGCCAAACUAAAGGCCCCAAGGACUCCCAAGCAUGUGCCAGGCUACGGCCUCGACUGCCCAUUCACCAAGAUCCUCUGACUCUCACUGGUUCUCUCUCAUCAAGACAACAUCAUCAAAGAUCAACUGGAGCCUCAACAAAUUGCAUCAGGACAGUUUAAUUCAAAUGGGACAUGCACUUGGAGAUGGAUGGAAAAGCGAGCGACCCCUUUAGCAGUGAGGCGGAGCAGAUUCCUGGAGCAGGAAUAGUGGGGAGGCUGUGGCUGCCUAAAGGUCUGUCUGGAAGUGUGAUUAAGGAUUGGUUGGAUCGCAGGCGGAAGGCCAUCCGUCCAUGGGCCAGCUUUGUAGAUCAGCGAAAGUUCUCCAAACCCAGAAACUUUGGAGAAUUGUGCCAACGUGUUGUGAGAAACCUGAACACCUAUCAAAACAACUACACAUUCAUCUUCCUGGGACUCAUCCUCUACUGCAUUAUCAGUUCCCCAAUGCUGUUGAUUGCCUUGGGAGUGUUUGCUGGUGCCUUCUAUAUAAUCCACUUGAAAACACUGGAAAAGAAGCUGGUUGUUUUUGGCCAUGAGUUGACUCAGGGACACCAGUUAGGUUUAGCAGGAGGAGUUUCUUUUCCUGUGUUCUGGUUAGCUGGAGCGGGAGGAGCUGUGUUCUGGGUACUGGGUGCUACACUAGCUGUUAUUGGUUCGCAUGCAGCAUUUCGUGAGCUGGAGUCUUCUGACAUGGAGGAGCUUCUCAUGGAACAUGUUUAAAAGGGCACAUCUCACCUUUGACCUAUUGCCUCAUGUUAACCUGAAAUGAGUUGCUUCAUCAUUUGUAUUGACACAUACAGGUUGUGCUAUUUUGUAAUAUGCAUCAAUGAAUUAUUCAAUAUCAACAUACUCAUGGACAGACCAGCAUAGAGAAAAGGAUAGAUGUUGAAAUGACUUUUAAGACAGGUCAAGCACAUUUAAAGACCUCAAAUGCCUUCAGAAUGGUACCUAUUUGAAAUCAUUUUCAUUUGUUACACACAUAAUGUUAUUUACUUUCUCAACAUCCUCAAAGCAAACACAAACCAAAUUGAUUGUGACCUAAAACAAAACUCUGACUUAAAAACUUCAAGAAAUGGUGGGAUUUGGAAUGGAGGCACUACUCUGUAAAGCUGAUUUAGAACGUUUUUUGUUAAUAUUGUAAGUAUAAUAAUUAAAAGAAAUACACACUUUACCUGUAAAGUUGAUUUUGAUAAGAUCUUUUUGUAGAGAACAAAUAUCAUGAAUAGCUUCACAAAGACAAAAAAUGGGUAAUGCUAGCUCAUCCAAUUAAAAAAAUAUAUAGUGACGGGGCAUUACAUAAUCAUUUGUUUUAAACUAUACUUAAUUAAUUUGUACUGUAACCUCCCUUGCCUUUGUUACAUGGUAAAGAUAUGUACUAUUGCUAUUAAUGCUAUUUUGUGUAAUCAACUCCUGAUAAUAUUCCCAGUGGGAGGGUUUUUAUUUGUUUUUCAUUUUAAUGUAAAAAAAAAAAAAUAGUUUAAUCUGGCCUUUUAUGUAUGACUUGCUUCUUUUGUAUUAAUAAAUGGGAAGUGCAAUAAAA